AACAAAAUUCAAGUGGAUGAAAUAAAAUUAAAUACAUGUGGUUACGAAAAAAAAAAAAACAAUUUAAUACUCUUGUGAAAUAACUAAAUUUGAAGUGAUUUAUAUUCUGAAAAUCUAGGAAGGAUGCCUAAAAUCAUUACUUACGGAGCUCAAGCACCGAAAACAUGGGAUAUGCCGCACAACCUUAACGAUUUGCUAAACACGGGACACAACCUGAUCAGUCAAAUAAAUAUGAUAUUUACAAAAGAAAAUGUGGUUCUUAUACAAAAUCGUAUAAACCCUUCAGGUUAUACACUUUGUAAGACCUUACAUGAAGUUUUAUUCAACAUCGAAAAGGAAAUAGAACUCAGGGAAAUAAAAACCCCUUAUGAGGCCAUUCUGGACGAAUACACUUUAAUUACAGAGCCAACACCAAUGAAAAUUGAAGAGGAUUCGCCCUGCUUUAAGUGUCCUUUGUGUUUGGCAAAUGUUUAUCAGCGGGAUCCAGUUUCAACCAGGUGUGGUCACAUAUUCUGCGGCAAGUGCAUUCAAUCAUCUCUGAAAUUCUCCAGCAAGUGUCCUAUAUGCCAAAAACAACUGUCAAGAAAACAUAUUUUCCGAAUAUAUUUGUAAUACUCAAUAUAAUAAUCAUUUUUUGCAAAUUAAAAGUCUAUUUUAAAGUCCUA